GAACUCAUGUUCGUACUUGUAGCUAUGCCGUCCAAGGGUUGGCUGCAGUCCGUGCAGGUCUUCAGACACAAGAAGACAGACACAGCUGCGACCCACUGCAAACAAGGAAAUGGGCUCAUCAAGGUGAAUGGACAUCCCCUGGAGAUGAUUGAGCCUCGCACACUGCAGUACAAGUUACUGGAACCUGUUUUGCUUCUGGGUAAGGAGCGGUUUGCUGGUAUGGAUAUCCAGGUCCGUGUGAAGGGUGGUGGUCAUGUGGCCCAAAUUUAUGCCAUCUCAAAGGUCCUGGUGGCUUAUUACCAAAAAUAUGUGGAUGAAGCCUCUAAGAAGGAGGUCAAAUAUAUCCUCAUCCAGUACGAUUGGACUCUGCUUGUAGCUGACCCCCAUCUCUGCGAAUCCAAAAAGUUUGGAAGUCCUGGUGCCUGUGCCCGAUACCAGAGAUCCUAG